AACAUUGCCAAGUCUGCCUUCAUCUCUAGGCUUCUUCUUCUUCUUCUUCUUCCAACUGAGCAGAAGAAUCCAACAGGAAACCGAAAGCCAGAUUUUGGUUAACAGAAAAUUUGGCAAUGCAAAGGAGAGUGAGCUUUGCUGGUCCUGGACAGGGGGUAGCCAACAGCACUGCUAGAGGAAGGACGCUACUGCAACAGACAGAACCUGUCAAAGGAGGUAAUUGGUUCCAGAGGCAGUAUUGUAGGCAAAUGAGUCAGGUCUACGAUCCUCAAGCUAGUGAGCAUGCAGUUGCAGUCACAGCUGUUGCAUUUUCCAUCUACUCCCUUGUAGAAGCUGAGAUGGAACGGCAGAGAAAGAUAAGGGAAGAACUUGAGAAAUCAAGGACCAAGAGGAAAAGCAAAAAAGAAGAUAAAGCAUUAGGCCUACCAGGUUCUAGUGGAGUGUCAAACAGGGAAGAGAAAAAUGAAGUUUUGGCAGGUGGAACUCUCACCAGGAAGCCAACAAGGGAAGACUACAGGGUUGAACGGACUGCUUUUCCAAGCAGCCAACCAGGUAACAUGUCUUCUACUAGGCCUGCAACUACAGAAGCUAGAAAUCGGAAGGAUAAAGGAAACUCUUCAAGAAACAAUGCAGUGGAAAGCAAAGAAGAUUCUUGGGAAAGAGCUCAAAUGGAAAACAUUAACAAACGGUGUGAAAGGAUAAAAUCUUCAAUUCUUGCCUGGGAGAAUCAAAAGAAAAUGCAAGCCAAAAUCAAGAUGGACAGAAGAAAGAGUGAAUUGGAGCAGAGAAGAACAAGAAACCAACAACAUUAUGAGGCCAAGAUAUCAAGAAUUCAUCAUGUUGCUGGAGGAGCAAGAGCACAGCUAGAGGCGAAAAGGAGGAAUGAGGAAUUGGAGAUUAAAGAGAAGGCAGGGAGAAUGAGAGUAUCAGGAAAUGUUCCUGCUAAGUGCUGUUUCUGCUUCUAAAUGUUGUGAAUAAAAUUGCAAACAAACGAGGGAAAUAUGUAUGACUAUAUACUCAUAAUGUACAUAUAUUAGCAACAUGAAAUGUAUUAUGUAUAUGUAUGUAUUCUCCUUUGCACUAAAUACAGGGUCAACAGUAAA